UAUUUUUAAGUACACAAUAGUUAAAAAUAUAUUUAUUUUUUUAAAUUUAGUAGUCCAUUUUUAGUCUCUGCAGUUAUUUGAAUUUUUACCGUACCCUUUUUUUUUGUCCCAUGUGAAAUUUGUCAAAAUUUUGUAAUGCAAAACCGCCUUCGCAAUGUCUUCGCGAUACACGCCCAACUUCGUGCGUGAACUGUUACCGAGUGCCUACUGUACCGAGCGAAAUCCGCUGCAGCAACCCGUGAGGCGCAAGUUAAUUCUGUUGCAGGAGUGUCCAAAGGUGCACAAGGAUGCUUCACAAACAAAGCAGCGGAGCAUCGAGCAUUAUCGCAGGUAUUUUAAGGGAAGUGCAUCGCAAUUCACCUUUGGCAGCGCGAUGCGAGACACGAAUCUGGCUGAAUCCGCCAGCUGGGUUGCCCAUCUGGAGUCGGAGACUCAGCCGGAACCUGGAGGGAGUCAUCAGACAGUUGAGAGCGGAGAGCAAGUGGUAUAAUUAUGAUGUGGAGAUCAGUGAGCAUCUCUGGUCCCUUUGGGGUGGCCUUCACCCGAGUGCCAACUGCUUUGAGGCACAGUCGAGGGGUCGUCAGACUUUGGCUUGUUGUGUGGUCGCUUGUUGUGCAGCGAGCGCGUUUCGUGACCUCAAGGAUUGGACACCCAAGUUACUCGAUGCCAUUGUGCUCAAUGGGGAUAAAUACUACAGAGAGAGUCUUAAGCAGCGCAGAUUUAAUGGCUCAUAUUUGAAGUUGUCUGAUCUCUCGCUGGACUGCGAGUUCCUGGACAUUCGUUUCAUGGUUCAUGGUCAGCUAGACUGCUUUGGACAGCUGUACAAUUCACCAAGUGCUCGGAAUAUGGGACUCUUUGAGUCCCUCAACUAUUUCUUCACACGUUUCCAGCUCGGCAUCCUCGAGUGUCAGCAGCAUUAUCUCGCCUUUGGCUAUAGUGCUAAUGAUGGAGCAUACUUUCUCUACGACUGUGCUUGGGAUGCUCCUCUCUUUCCUAGUAACAUGGGCGCCUCUUAUGUGCUGCGUGCUAAGCAUCUCUUCCUGCUUCUCUAUUGCAUCAUUGUCACUCUGAAUGUGCGCAAGUUGGACGUUAAUUUCCAGCUCUUUAGCGUCGACAUCAAUCGUAUCUCAGGAUCGCGUUCAAGGCAGGAUCAACUAAAAGAUAAACAGCAACAUGCUUCAAUGUCUUUGGUGUUCAACGAAAAAUAAAUUACGGGACUAAAAACUAAAUAAUAUAUAAAUAAUAUAGA